GAAUCAUGGGAGUGUUUAUGUCAUGAACAAUAAGACCCUGUGACUCUUGGUCACAUGCGUAACGGCCAUACUGCUGCAGAAGAAAGCUACAACUGAGCUCUUAGAGCUAAGCUAGCUGCUGGAGGCCACGUCAUGUCAUGCCAUACUUUCACAAUGAUUCAGCAGACUUGUCCCUCAGAGACAAACAUGAAGCUUCUGAAGAUUCCUGUUCCCACAUUAAUACAGAUUCACACUUCAGUCACCACAAUAACCGCAGAAUGAAAUGAAAUAAUCCUUCAAUCAAUACAGCCACGGUGGAUUGGGUACGGGCUUUCUAAUUAGACUCUGUUAUAUCAAGGAGAUGUUGUCCUGGGGGCUAAACACAAUACUUAAAACAUGGGUAAGAGCAGCUCACAUGAUUGUGCUGUGACUGUCUUCUGAGGCGAUGGGCGUGUGAAGAUGUGUUUUUUUUAAAAUCGAUGAGAAAGCGUUCGGUUCACUGCCUUCAUUGUCCUCCAUGUACAGCUGAGGAGAAGCUCCAGAUUCUUCUGAGGUUCUCUACCUGGACAGGCCCUGGAGGACGAACCUCUGCUGGACACUGAGAGGAAAAUGGGAAGCUGAAAGUCACUUUUUGCAACUUUUGUUUCUCUCGCCGAUCAGUUUAACCAAAUCUUUCUUGAAAUACGGGCUGUGAAUCGGGUCCCAUCUCGAAAGAAUCUCAUUGAAGACGGCAUCAUUUGAAGAUCAUCCGAAGAACCCAAAAACACACCUUCAUUCUGGAUUAUCUGACGCUAACACCUUAACAGAUGGGUUCAGGCUUCAAGAAGUUCUGUCUGCAGUUCUGCUGCUGCUGCUGCGUCGGUGACGAAGACGAUGAGGACGAGAAGCAGCCUUUAGUACCUCAGGACCCUCUGGAGUAUUUUAACCGCGAGGUCCAGAAGCGUCGGGAUGAAGAGACCAACCUGUGGAGCACACCGGGAGACCCCAGCCACUCGGAGAGGGAGGACGACCGGGCGCUUUACCAGCUGCUGCAGGCCAGAAACAAGACCCGCAUGGGAUCCACGGGUUAUCGUCGUCUGAGCGUCGACAUCGAGGCCAUGAGAGACACGCGGCGAGAAGUCCGAGACAAAUGGAAGACCAUCCUGGAGAACUUAGGCUUCAUGGCCGAGGCUGACGCCCUGCUGAACGUGUCCGCCGGCACCUCGCAUGACCGGAUGCGUAACGCCACGGCAGCUCGCGCCAUGCUGCAGGAGCUGCACUCGGAGACGUCCCUCUUCAGCAGCAGAGAGCCGCCGCCGGAGAGAUAUCUGUUCAUCCUGGAUCGCCUCCUGUACCUCGACAUCGCUGAAGACUUCUUGGCGAAGGCGAAGCGUUUUUACCCUCCGAGGGACGACUCGGACGAGGACACGCCGGGCCUGGCCAUCAACCUGCCGCUGCUGCUGGCCCGGGUGGAGGCCAUGAACGGAGGAGGCGACGAGAGCGAGAGAGACGACGGGAACAUGACUGACUGAUUGUAGCUCCUGCAGCGACACCAGGCGGCAGGCAGGAGGCAGCAGUCGCUCUGCCGCCUCCAGGCACCUGUAGAUGCUCCAACUUUCUCCUUUUCCUCCCCGCAGCUUCAGUCUUUCCUGUUUCCUCUGGUUUCAAAUCCAAAAGGGGUUCAUUGGGUUUCCAGAUCCUUGUUCAUUGUUCGUCCGCUGCAAACCUCCAGGGUUCAGAUGUUCUCCUGAGCGGGGCCUCUUUUUAUUUUCGUCCUGUGAUUAUCAGCCUCAUUCGAUCACACGAUCCGUAGUGAAUAAAUAGCAAAGUGUUUGUGUCGUUUUCAAAUCUGCAUUUACCCAAAAAAAAAAGAAGAAGAAUCAGUAUGUCGAGCCUUUAAACCGGUCGUGGCUGAGUUGACUUUUCGGGCGAGGAGAGAUUUUCUGGAAAAUGUGAAAGUUUUGCGCAUGUUUGUGGAAGUUUGUGUGCGAUGUUGAAAUAAAGUCCCGGCCUGAAGGGUUUUUUUUUUUUUGUCACGUGUUGCUGCUGCGUGUGAAGAAGUGAUGCUAAAAUUACACAGCUGACAUGGAAUAAACGAGCGUCUGUGAAGCAAACUUCUGCAGUGUUGAAUUUAAGAUUGCUUUGGCACAGGAGCAGGUUUUAUUUAAAAACGGACUUUGGGGAUGUUCUGGCUCCUUCACGUGGCCCGGCGGAUGUGUUCUCGUGGCUCUGCUCCACUAAUCCUGUUCUGGUGCAGCCUGUCCGGCGGCUCAGCGUCCCUCUGGGAGCAGACCGGGUUGCAACAUGGCUGGUGGUGACGGUGCUUUUGGUGAUCAGCUGUUUGUUGUUGUUGUUGUCGUUAUGUAAGAGGCACACUGCACAUGUUAGAACAGCCUGAUGGAGGCACACAAAUAGCUGCAAUCACUCGACGCCGGCGUGCAGAUAUGAAGAGAAAUGAUGUCCAGGGCUCAGCACGAAGUUCACUUUUCCUCAGAUCCUCCUAAAUGUUAAUAAAGCACUUUGUUUCCGGCUAGUCUGAA